GCUGGACGUUCUUUCUGUGAUGGGCAGAACCCAGACCAGAGCGAAGGCAACUCAUGAUGCCUUAUGCUAGGGAAGAUCCCAGUGUGACCUUGCCUGUCAAGAAAGGAGAUGGGAUUGAGAUUUCCUUGCCAAGGCAUGUCAAGGAGGGAGAGUAUAUCUCUUCCUGGUGGGGCGCAUUGAUAGGCAAAGAUAUUUUCGCCUGGAUCGAGUCCGGUCUCGAUGACGAUCAGGGAUGCGCGAUCGUGAGGGUGACUCUGUACGCCUCUUCCUCAUUCAGGGUCGAGCAUGGGAUCGAGUUGGCACUUGGGCACGAGAGCCUGCUCGCGAGGCCUUUGAGAGUGGCUGAGGCAGCCGCAGUGAAGUGGGCGAAGGAAGUGUCUUGCGAUGGAGAAGCGCAAGUGCUGACCCGUAUAGAGGUCAAGUGUGUUAAGGAGUUUCUACUUUCGUCAGCGUCACUAUGGGUCAUCCUGCCCGAGUUUUUCAUUGAGAAGUGUUUUGGUGGACAGGCGAGGAUAGUGGCAGCAGCUGACGCCGCUUUGAAAACACGGGAGUGGGGGAAUGGGUGCUAUACAUGCGAGCUGGUAUAUGGAUUGUAUCUGGACCUAAGGUUUUCUCCUCCUAGUCAGUGGCUCAGGAGCAUGACUAAUGUAGUGGACGCAUAUGCUAGUUCCCAUGACCCAGAUGAGGGAGUAGGAGACUUGGAUGAGAUUCGGGUAGCAGUAUUGGAAGGGGCCGUGAGGAUGGAGGGCGUGGCAAUACAGGCCGAGGAAAUGGCGGGCGUGGAAAUACGGGCCGAGGAGAUGGUGGGCGUGGCAAUACAGGCCGAGGAGAUGGCGGGCGUGGCAAGACGGGCCGAGGAGAUGGCGGGCGUGGCAAUACGGGUCGUGGAGAUGGUGGACGCGGCAAUAGAGGCCGUGGGAAUGACAGGCAAGGCGCCGAAGGUCGCGGCGGGAGCCAGCGAAACCAUAAGUGGGGCUCAAGGAAGAAAGGGGCUUGAUGGUGCUGGAUGAGGUGGUUACUAGGGACACAAGCCAAAUUAAGUAAAGGAAUAUUUGUGCA